AAGUCAGUAGUAUCGCGCCGGCUGCGCAAGAGCAGCCUGCAAGACAGAUUUUCCAAUAAUGAACAACCCGUGGUAACUGUCAGUCUGCUCGUGGUGCAUUCGUUGACUCUUUCUGUGCAUAGUGCGUCCCGGCGUGUGUUAAAAUGUGCUAUAUGAUUAAUUGAAUAUUCCAUUGAACGCGGAUUACUCGAAGAACGCCAAAAAUCCUGCUAUAAGACAGGUGCGCAAUAUUCAAUAAACACGCGAUGGAGAGAAGAAAGUGAUGAUAAAAAUCGAAACGGAAGCCGCCACCGCCGCCGUACCAGCCCGAGUUCACGAGAUGGAGACUUUCCUCGGGGCACGCAUCAGUAUAGAAGGCGCGUAGAAUCAGGAUCGAAAGGGGAGCAUCGAGCACGGGAUCCAAGAUGGGCAAGUGUUGCAGCAAGCGGCAAGAGCCUCAACCCCUUGGUUACAAGAAAGCAGAUACAGGACUAAGCUCGAAACACAGUAAUGGAGGUUCCUUGGAUCGGUACACUGCUGACCCAAAUCAAAGGGGUGUACAGGCUAGGGCAGACAUCAUUCGACCGAGGCCGACACCUUGUAAGCUACAAAUUCCUCACCAGUCACGUAAAACAAGCUCGCCUGUCGUUAAGCCUGCAUCGCAUUCACAGAGGUCGAACAAGAUCGUGGUGGCUCUGUACAAUUACACUGCGCGCGAGAGUACCGAUGUCAGUUUCGUGAAGGGCGAUCGAAUGGAAGUAUUGGAUGACUCCGAGCCCGACUGGUGGAAAGUUUUACACUUGACAACUUUGCAAGAAGGUCUCAUCCCGUGGAACUUUGUGGCCGUCGAGCGUUCGGUCGAGAGCGAAGAUUGGUUUUUCGAAAAUGUCUCGCGCAAAGAAGCCGGUAAGCUUCUUCUGGUGGAUGAAAAUCCUCGGGGAACAUUCUUAGUCCGACCCAGCGAGCACAAUCCAAGGGGAUACAGUUUAUCCGUGAAAGAUUGGGAGGAGGGAAGAGGUCAUCAUGUAAAACACUAUAAAAUUAAGCCUCUCGACAAUGGGGGCUUCUUUAUCGCCACCAACCAGACAUUCCCAACUCUUCCAGCUCUUGUUAUGGCGUACAGCAAGAAUGCGUUGGGUCUCUGUCACGUGCUCUCGAAACCGUGCCCGAAACCGCAGCCGGAUAUGUGGGAUCUCGGGCCCGAGCUGCGAGACAAAUGGGAGAUCAAUAGGAACGAGAUACAGCUAAUACGGAAACUGGGUCAUGGGAAUUUCGGCGAGGUUUAUUACGGCAAGUGGAGGAACAAAAUCGAAGUGGCUGUGAAGACGUUGCGACCUGGGACCAUGUCGACGGAGGCAUUCCUACAAGAGGCGGCGAUUAUGAAACAGUUCCGGCACAGACACCUGGUCGCGUUGUACGCGAUCUGCUCGAAGGAGGAGCCGAUUUACAUCGUGCAGGAGUACAUGUGCAACGGUAGCCUGUUGGACUUUCUGAGGACGGGUGACGGCAAGUACAUGCAGUUCGAGGAUCUGAUUUAUAUCGCCGCCCAAGUGGCGUCCGGUAUGGAGCACCUCGAGAGCAAACAGUUGAUACACAGAGAUCUGGCAGCGAGGAACGUUCUGAUAGGCGAGAAGAACAAGGCGAAGAUAUGCGACUUCGGCCUGGCAAGGGCGAUCGAGGACGACGAGUAUUGUCCCAAACAGGGAAGCAGAUUCCCCGUUAGGUGGACAGCGCCGGAAGCCAUUGUCUACGGCAGAUUCAGCAUUAAGAGCGACGUUUGGUCUUACGGUGUCUUGCUAAUGGAGCUAUUCACUUAUGGCCAAGUUCCUUAUCCUGGUAUGCAGGGUCGCGAAGUAAUUGAGCAGAUCAAUAAAGGCUACCGAAUGCCUAAACCAUUAAAUCACCCGCUGCCGGACAGCAUUUACCGAUUAAUGUUGCAAUGCUGGGAUGCUAGCCCCGAGAAGCGACCCACUUUCGAGUUCCUUAAUCACUAUUUCGAGUCAUUCAACGUAACUAGCGAAAUACCGUAUCUGGAACCACCAACGGACUGAUACACAGCUCACAUGCAGAGUCACCUGGUACCGCACGGUCAUUUUCAUCCAGCGCACAUCAAUUGUGCCAUGGAGUUUUAUGGUAUUUAUUGCUAAAUCUCUAGCAAUCAUGUGGAGAUUCUGUUACCGUGUUCUUUUUUAUAUUGAAUAAAAAUUCGCGGGUUUUCCGCGUGAACGAUGAAUUUCAAAAAAAGAGGGAGAAGGAAGAAAAAAGAAGGAAAAAAGACGAAGAAACGAAAGAAAUGGUACGAAGGAAAUUUUAUAAAUUAUACAUUGGUGGCGAAGAAUUUUGUAAACGUUACCAGAUUUCUCGAAGCAAUCAUUGUUAAAGGCUGCCAAAAAGAAAAAAAGAAAAAAGUAAAAAAAGAAAAAAAGAAAAGAAAAUAAUUCUACGAUGAUCGAAAUUUGAUAAAAAAAAUUAUUGAGCGUCAUCGAAAGAACAUCUCAAGAACAAUGAUCUUGUGUGCCAUUGAACUUUACGAGAAAAA